AUGCCCUUUUCCUCCUCCUCUUCCUCCUCCUCCUCCUCGCGAAAAGCGUUGUUCCGAUUCUUCGCGCUGUCGUCCGUCGUUCUUUCUCACUCUUCUUCUCGCGGGAGAGCGGCGGGAGCAGAUGGGGUGUUUUUUAAGUACAACAACGCGAAGAGAUUUUUAGCACUCUUCUCGACGUCGAGUUCGUUAAAAGAUGAUGAUGAUUCCUUCGACGAUGAUUUGAAGACGACGAAGACGAGAAAGAAGAAGGAACGUUUUCAAGGUCUCGAGAACAACAAGAACGACAAAAACGAAGGUGGGAUUCAAUUCGCGACGGCGAUGACGACGACGUUUUUGAACAGCGGUGAGAAUGGUGGUGGUGAGAAGGAGGACGCGAAGAUGGUGCGAGAGGCGAUGGAGGAAGUGGUCGAAAGAGCGACGAAGAAGUUGAACGGCAAAGUGCCGACGUUUGCGAUGUUGUUCGCGACGCCGGAAGCGAUGCGAAAUUUGACGACGACGACGGGAAAAGAGGAGGACGAGGACGAGAAGAAGAAGAAGAAGAAGAAGAUGGCGAAAUCCGGCGGCGUUUCCUCGUCGGCGUCGUCGUCGCUGCCAAAGCUGUGCAGAGAGUUGUUGAGAAAGAAGAUAAAAGGGAGCGAGGACGUGAAAUUAAUCGGAGGCGUUGUAGAAUCUAUCAUAUCCGGUCACGCGCAAACGCAGAACGGCGUGUCGCUGACGCUGGCGAGCUUUCCGUCCGCGGGCGCGUCGUGCGAAACGUUUCGCUCGAGCGGGGAUGAUUUGCCCAGCGUGCGUUGGAAGGAGGUCAUAGAAGGCGACGCGAGAGGUGAUUCGACGGUGUGCUUGACGUUUUGUGCGCCGUCGUUUUCAUAUGCUGGGGUCGUCGCGGAACCCGAUGUUUUUGAUGAUGAUACCGAGGAAGAGGAAGAUGAAGACGAGAGUGAUGAUGUUGAGGACGACGAUGGUGAUGAAGACGACGACGACAGAAAGAAAUCGAAAAGAAACGUUGCUGCGCUGCGCCCGACGUUCCGACCAACUUUGGAUUCUUUCUUGACUCGAUUACAACACGCCGUGCCGAAUAAUCUGGUCUGUUUUGGUGGCGCGUUAGAAAACGAGAGUGAAAAGCAUUCCGCGCUGUUUUGCGACGACGACGUGUACUCAUCGUCUUCUUACUCUGGAUGCGUCGGAGUGCUGCUCUACGGCGAUGGAGGCUUUGAAGUCAAAUCUUCCUCGUUUAGCGAAGGCAAACCUAUCGGAAAAGCGAUGAAAGUUACAAAAGCUAGUCGUGAUGGCACUGAAAUCAUAGAAUUAGAUAAUGAACCGGCGAGAAUGAGGAUCUUAUCUGUCCUCGCUAAGUCCGGCGCGACGCCGGACGAUGAGGAUAAAAAAGUCUCCGUCGGGAUUGGAGGCUUUCCCGAGAAUAGAGUUGGCGAAGAUUCGUACGCGUUCGCAAGAGGUGAAGUGGUUUCCUUAGGCGGGCGGGCCUAUGUACUGCCGGGGGGGGUCACCCGAUUCUCACCCGGUUCGCUUGGAAUAAACGGUGCAACGGUGCAAGAAGGUGCCAUCGCGCAAAUACACAUCGACGAAAACGAUUCGUCCUCGAGAGAGCGAAUGCAGAAAAAGUUUGGGAAGAUUGCUGCCUCAAAACCGGCGGGAACGUUAUUCUUUUCGGACGUGCGUUCAAACAGAAUGUUGGCGGCGGAUUUCGCGGAGAUGAUUGGAAGCAAAGCGGCCGUCGCCGGAGCGUAUUUGAGGAAAGAGAUCUGCGGCGUCGGUUUCAAGGAAAAGGAAAGAUUCGCGGUCACGAAAUCCUCGUCCACCGUGCUCGCAUUCUAUAACAAAGGAACGAAGAAUAGCAGUGAGUGA